UUCGGCCUCGCCGCAGCCAAGCUCCCGCGCGGUUUCAGUAGCGUGCGCCAGCCUGUCCACACAGCGCGCCCCCAGCUCCCCAGCUGCGCCCAUUGCCCGCGUGCCCCGUCUCAGCUGUCGUCGCGCGCAGACCAUCCCCGCCCGUCGCUGCCUCACCCUCGUCUCAGCUCAGCCCUGCCACCGCUCUUUAUCCACGCCGACGCCCGCCGCCAUCGACUCCGCGCCUUAUAGCCCCGUGUCCCAGCCGCUGCCCGCGGCUGCCCCUUCGCCAAAAUUACGCACCACGAGGCCCGCACAUCCCUCCUGGGAGGCCAACCGCUCGACAGCGACUACGCGCCCUACCCCAACACCGCCUACCCGCCCCGCCAGCCGACCUUCACCGCCCCGCCGGGCGGAUACCACGAACGCGAGGGCUUCCCCACCACCCUGCCGCCGCCCGUCCGCCGCCCGCCCAGGAUGUACAUCCCCAACACCAAGUGGACCUGGGCCUUUAUGCUCGUCGCCAUCCUGCAGGUCGUCGUCGCCCUGACCCUCGAGUCAUACGUCUUCGGCCGCUUCCAGAGCGAGCUGCACUUUGAAGCCCCCAACGUCAACAGCGAUGCCCGCACCGUGCCCACCUACCUCGCCGUCUUCAUGUUCGGCUACCUCUACCAGCUGUUCCUGGUGUGGGACGCCCUGCGCCUGAAGAACACCAUCCAGGUCAUCGGCCUGGUCAUGUACAACAUCGGCAUCAUGGUCUACGCCGCCAUCCAGUACGACCAGAUCGGCGACGCCGCCAAGCAGCUCGACGACCAGAACUUCAUCCCCUCGGACUUCUGGCACGACGUCAAGCCCAUGCUGAUCGCCGUGCCCGUGCUCAUGGGCGCUGCCACCAUUGCCUUUGCCUUUGUGGCCUGGAAGCUGUACGACGAGUUCGCCUGGACCAUCUACAAGCACAUCAGCGCCGACCUGCGCCUGAAGCGGCGCUAUCUGACAUACCAGAUCUACAUCGCCCUGCUCAAGUUCGACUUCUUCUUCUUCCUGGCCUUCACCGUGCAGUUCCUCGUCGUCGUCGAGAAGACGUCCACGGUCGAGAUUGUCCUCACCGCCGCCGCCCUGGUCAUCACCUUCUUCCUGCUCUUUGCCGCCGCCUUCUGGGUGCGCCGCGAGUCCAUCGCCGGCAUGAUUGCCUGCAUCUUCGUCUACUUUGUGGCCCUCGCCUACUUCCUCUUCAAGCUGAUCCGCAUGUAUGUCGCGGACCUCGACCGCCAGGAGGACUACAAGCCGGCGCGCAAGUCGCUGACGGCCUUUGCCAUCCUGACCAUCAUCCUGCUGCUGAUGACCAUUGUCAUUGCGAGCAUCUGCACGCACAACUUCAACAAGGGCCUGAAGCCCCACGUCAACAAGAAGUCGGUGACGAGCGACAAGGCGUAUGGCACCGAGAUGCCGUCGGUGGAAGGGCCGCAGCCCAACCAGCGCAUGGAGAUUGACUAGUUGAACGCCUGCAUUUGUUUGACUAGUUUUAUGACUUCUACCAGCCAUAUACAAUUCACGACACGACCUCUUGAAUACCCGGCUCUGCGGUUCGCGAGCACCAGUUUAAUUCUCAUCCGGCCGAAAGCGGUCUCGGACGGCGUUAUGGCAUUGUAGGAUUAGGAUGCCCUGGCUGAUGGCAGCCGGGGAGGGUCGCGAGCGAGCAAGACUGUAGCCCAUUACUUCAGCGGGACCCCGAAGCCCGAUUGCCCAGCGAUCGCCAGUAGGGCCUGGUUAUUUUUAUACCCCCACGCAUCGCCGGCAGUCGACUGAUCAGGCGGCGCAAUGUAUUUUUGCC